CUUCAGGACGUGAGGUCACAGACUUCAGGACGUGAGGUCACAGACUUCAGGACGUGAGGUCACAGACUUCAAACAUGUAGCUGUUGUUGUUUAACGUUUUUAUUGUUUUUACGACACAUAUUUAGUGACGAAAUAAAACAUGUAGUAAAUAAAUGAAGGGAAUUUUAAAAAAAAACGUAUUAUAAUAAUCAUCAGUUGUUGAUGUGUUCACCAGCAGGUGGCAGUGGCGGUCGACGAAGCCGAAGUCCAUCGACAACAAACCAAAUAUGAACCAAAAGUUUUAAAACACAAAUAAACGUCACAGCGCAUCUAAAACUACACGGGUGGCUCAGUGGUUAAGGAAGCGGACUUGGGUCCGGAAGGUUCGCAGUGCCACAGCCUAAGGCCGCCCCCUGGUGGCUGUGGUGAUGGGUUAAAAGCAGAGGUCACGUUUGGUUGUGUCCUGUCAUGGACCUCGGUUGUGGCCCACGACACCAAGCCACGUGUUUUCCAGGAAUGUUGUCAAGUAAUCAAUGAGUUAAUUAAAAGAAGACAUUCAGCCGUUAUAAAAUGGCUCAGUAGUCUGCACUUCGCUGCCCGCAGGAGCUGGGUGUUUACUUAUACUUUUGCCCCACCUAGUUUGGAUGGGUCUCGACCAAUGACUCGCAUGUUUACACCCUGUUACUGGGCAGAGCUCAGAAUGGGUCACAGUCAAAACAAGUUGCACAGUGAGUUUCAGUCUGUUUCAUAAAAUGACAUGAAUACAAAAUGGCGUCAGUGCACAAAAUGGCAUCUUAAUACUCAUCAAUCCCUGUGUUAAAAUGACAAUAAAGACUAUAAUUCGGUUUUUUAAAAUUUAUUUAUUUUUUCAGCGGAGUGGUGUCGUCAGUGGAACGGAACAUGUUCCGGUGCCUUGUUUCUGCGAGGACCGAUUUAACGAUAGGACUAGGAAGUGACGAACACAUCCGUUUACCGUAAUACAAACACCGUUGGCGGUAAAGUUAAUAAAAAUGGACACUUCGGGGAGAAAGGAGUCCGUUGGUGAGACAGACGAGGAGUUUAGAGUCAAAGUGAAGUCGAAGAAACUUCUCACAGAACAAAUGGAAAAAUAUAAAGAGGUUUUAAAAACAGCGCUGCGCGGAGUGACGGACGUCGAAGAAGAAACCAGGAGGGCGCUCCUGCAGGAGCUGCUGUCGAACUUUGAGGCAGCUGUGCAGGAGAACGUCCUGGUGAACGGCCUGUCCUGGGAGGAGGCUCCUGACCACGAGGACGACGAGGUCCUGGAUGUGGAGGGUGUCCUGGACAACACCAUCGUAGAGACCACGUGGAAACGUCGUACUCACCCCAAACAGAUCCUGCCCCACGUCAUCCACUCCCUGAAGGCAGAGAGAAGAAUCAUGGAACUUUAUGAAGUGACAGUCAAACCUCAGGAGUUUGUCAGAGACACCGAUCAAGAGACCGUCAUGGCUGAUGUUUCAGCAGCAGCUCCAGGGUCAGUCAGACAGACCGCCCAGGUUCUAAAGUCCUUCAGAACUCUGCAGAACCAGGUGGACGGACUGGCUCAGGUCCUGGACAUGAAGCCCAGUCAGACCACUCUGGAGGUCCAGAGGGAGGUGUUCGGCCAGUCGGACCCCACGCCCCCCAGUGUGAGCGCGGCCGCGGCCAGGAGCGGGCGGCCGAUGAGGAGCGCUGUGGAGGAAGCUGUGGCUACGGGCUGCUACGAUGUCCUGUAGGGGGCAGCGCAGCAGACUGACCUGUGGUUAUUCAUCCAGAGAUGACCUUUUUACCUGAGAUUAAAGUAGAGGUUAACACAGGUGGUGCCCCCUUGUGGAGAGACUCGUAAACACAUGGUUGCAAAUGUUAACAGGAAAUAGUGGCAACAAAUAAUGACUCAACAUUUAUGAAGUGACGUAUUCAACCUUCACCAAAGUCCAUUAGGAAAAUCACUGGUGUUAGCGCUCAGAGACACAGCAGCUGCUGGUCCUCUGCUGCCUCCUGUGGUCAGUCUGUGUGGACUCAACAACUGCCGAGUCUCUGACAGAGAAAAUCGCUGGUUUUCUCUAUGGACUUCUGAAUGGGAGAAAGUUAUAAACCACAAACUCACUGGAAACAUUUUCUCUGGAUUCCUUUUUUUUUUUUUUUUAACAAACCUGAGCUGAAGUUUCUCCUCGGUGACAGGAAACAAAGACUGUUUUAAUGUAAAUAAAAAGGAAG